AAGACCGCACAGCCAAUCCAAUGUAUGCAUUUAUAUGAUGCACCUUUUACAUCUUGGUCUUUAUUUGCAGAUGCGAGAAGACCGAAGUCCUUUUGGUGGUAUACGUUUUGGAAUAUGAUCUCUGGCUUCUGCAUGGAUGUUAAUGUGCAAAUGUAACUUUGAAACUUUUUAAAUGGUGUUAGAGUUUUGAAUGCAUUUCUGUUUGGAUGGAUGUCUUCAAUAAAAGUGUGAAUAAACCUUAACUUGUGGUGUGCAUGGCUAUCAGGUCACUAUUGUUUGAUUUAUACUGGAGUGGUGCUACACUUCAUUAAUCAGUGUAAUUGUGGUGGUUUAACUUCAUCAAUUGACUUGAUUUGCAAAAACCUGCUUAACCUUAGUUUGCUAGCAAGUGCUUUAACAUAUGGCAUACGUCCAGUAUUGAGUGUGGCCGCUGAGCUAAUAGACCGUACAUUGUAUAAACCCACCAGUCUACACGGAUCCACUCGCUUCUGACUGCAGGAAGACCGGGUUGCGGAGCCCGUUACAUGCUACUUCCGGAUUAUUACUCCUGCUCGCUUUGUGUAGUUCAUCACCCGAAUGAUAUUUCGGAGCGAGUUUUCAUAGAUUCGCGUGUGUCUGAAAGACGAGCUCUUCGUAUAAGCUCUGAAUCAAAUGCAAGACGUUUCUAGACAAGUGCAACUGUUGGAUUUACGCUUUUAAAUGAGACUUGUAAGAUUUAUGAACAGUCGUGCACCAUCUAAUAAGAGAUAUCAGCCAACAGAAUAUGAGCAUGCUGCUAACUGUGCCACACAUGCGCUCUGGAUCUUUCCCAGCAUUGUGGGUGGGAUCUUGUUGUACCUCUUAUCUGAUGACCACUGGGAGGAGAUUUCAGCAUGGCUGUAUGGAGCGGGACUAUCAAGCCUUUUCAUUAUAUCCACAGUUUUCCAUACUGUCUCCUGGAAAAAGUCUCAUCUCCGAUCAGUUGAGCACUGUUUCCACAUGUGCGACAGGAUGGUGAUCUAUUUCUUUAUUGCAGCGUCCUACACACCGUGGCUGACACUGCGGGAUCUUGGUCCAUGGGCUGCCCACAUGCGUUGGGUUGUCUGGGUGAUGGCCUCUGGAGGAACUGCCUAUGUGUUCUUCUUCCAUGAAAGGUUUAAAGUUGUAGAGCUGAUCUGUUACAUAGCAAUGGGUGUUUUCCCCGCUCUCGUUAUCCUCUCUAUGGCAGACAGGUCAGGUCUGUGUGAGCUGUUGGUUGGUGGUGGGUGUUAUGUGUUGGGCAUGGUGUUCUUUAAAAGCGAUGGAAUAGUGCCCUUUGCUCACGCUAUAUGGCACCUCUUUGUUGCAAUGGGAUCAGGCAUCCAUUACUAUGCCAUCUGGAAGUACCUGUACACACCUGUCAAUCAACCAACCAGUCUUUAACUAGCACAUACAACAGAAAUUACAUCUAGCCUUUGUGAGACUACAAGCAGCAGGGGUCAUUUUGGACCUGAUGCCAUGUGCAAUCCUGAGACUGAUAAAGGAUCCAGAACAAGAACGUUUCUUGGAAAAUUAUGGACGUAUUACAUGAAGGUUUACAAUUUUUUAAAAAGGUACAGAGCAAAGUUAAAAGCACUGCCAGAUAUUUGUAAAAACACUUAACCUGAGGUAUGUUUCCCAAAAGCAUCACUAGCUAACUAUGGUUGCAAGUUGCAUUGAACUCUAUCGGUAACGAUGGAACUUGUGACCAUAGUUGCUUUUGGGAAACGCACCCCUGGUUUGUAAUUACUUGACUACAGUUUAAAGGUAUUUCUGUAGGGUUUUUAAACCGACUUGGGAUUAUUCUACUAAUCCUGCAACUGCCAGUGUGGAGAUAUUCUUAUUUAUGUGAGAAAUAUGAGUUCAUUUCAUAUUACUGUACAGUACACAGUAUCAAUUCUCCAUGCUUCUAGUCUAGUGCUAGUCUGUUGCAUUUUUGGGUGUGUAAUGUCUUUGGAAAAUGCCAUAAGUGCUUGAUGACAAUGUCCAGGAAAAGAUUUACCUGGACAGGUCAUCUGAUUUCAUGGUUUAAUGGAAAAGUUUAGAUUCUUAUAUUAUGAUUGUGCACUGUUUUUUUUCUUUUCUGGUCAUUUUAAAAUGUGCUUCAUGGUAACGUCUAUUAAUUGGUAUUAAUCAAGUAAAAAUAUUGUUUAAUAAUAAUAUUAAAUGACUGUCUCAACUUGACUACAUUAUAGGCUUACACCAACAAAAAAUACUUUUGAGGGUUGGGUCAUAGAGAAAUAGCUCAUUUUUUACAGUUUUAACAGUAUAUUGAGACUUGCAUGGGGCCAGUUUAAAGGCUUUUGCCCAUUUUACUGCAUUCCAUUUCAGUGAAAAUCUGAAAACAAAAAAGUGUUUUAUCGAAGAUGUUAUUUAUUCAUUUCAAUUUACAGCUGCUGUAGAUGUUGUAUUAUGGAUCAUUUUAUAUGAGCACUUAAUAGGGUAUAAAAACAUAUACACUGAAAGUUGACAGCUAUUUGCCUUAAUCAUUUAAAGGUUUCACAAACAGGAGUAUAAACUACAUUUUGAGAGAAUAUUGAUGUACUGACUUUAGUCAGAUUCACCCCAAAUUAGUUUGAGAGUCAUUAAAGAAACAAUUCACCCAAAACUGAAAACUGUCAUCAUUUACUCAGCCAUGUUUUGUUCCAUACCUGCAUUUUUAAAUUCUUCUUUAAAUUAAAUGUUUAGGCUGCUCUUUUUUUAUGCAGGCUUUU